AUGUUCGACGCUAGGAUAGAGCUAGGUACUCUAGGCUACUGCGUAUACCUUGAAGAUGGAAAAAGCUGCAUAGAGCCUACGCUCGGAUAUACCAUCGACCUUGAAGAAGUCGGCCUAGGAGAAUUCCUACAGCUUUCACAAGUACAAGACUUUAUGAAUUCGAUCCCUGAUGAUGUUAUCAACUGGGUUACCUACGUUUUCGUAUUACAUUUCAUCUCUCUCGGGCUUUCAUUCUUAACAGUUUUGGUCGGAAUUUUUUCACAUAUUCGAGAGCUUGGCAGAUCUUACUGGAGCAGCUUAAUCUCGAUUCUAGCAUGCGUCGUUGCCCUAAUCACAUUUGCUUUCGAUAUGGCAUUCGCAGUGAAAACACGUAACAGGUUGAACGAUACAAAUGUAGCAACAGCUCAGAUUGGACAGUCUGUCUGGCUUGUACUUGCUGCAGCUAUUGUUCUUGUAAUAUCAGUCUUCAUGUUUUUAGCUGGAAUUGCAAUGUCUCGCCGUCAACAUAAGACAAGAGACUUAUUUGACAAUGAGAAGGUUAAUAGUGAUAGUCACCAACAUAAUCAGAAUGAUACCUACGGUAUGGGCGAGAGACGUAAGCUUAAUAAGCAAGAUAGAGAUAAACCAGACGAUAGUUCAUCAGCAUCAUUCUCACCAUUACCAGGGUCAUAUACAUCAGACCAACAGCCAUUAACACCAAAUGCUGGUAGACCUUACGAAUCUAAUCAUUGGGAUGAUACACGAUCGACAGUACAUAACUCACAGGGUUACGGACAAACGCCACAAAUGCAACAUCUGCAGCCUCAUAUGCAGCCUCAGAUUCAGCCUCAUAUGCAGUCUCAGAUGUAUCAGAACCAAGGACAACCUCAAUUAGAUUCAGGAAGGCCGACAUCACCAUUCGAACAGCAGAUGAUGACGCAACCAAUGCUGGCACCUUACAUGCCACAACCAUCGAUAUCACCAUUGCCAUUUGCACGCUCACCUCAACCAUCAGUGUCAUAUGUAUCAUCACCACCACCUAGCUCAAUGUCACCACCACCGAUGCCAUAUGCGCGGUCGCCGCCACCUCAAAUGGCAACAAAUCAAAUGUUCGCAGCACCGCAAAUGUCUUGGUACUAUAAUCCAGCAGCGCAGGGUGGACAAUAUGGGCAACUCGCACCAUCAGAGAUAUCUAAUGAUCAAAGCGGUGGAUCAUACUGGCCGAACCCUAACGGAUUGGUGCCAAAUCACGGUAAUAAUGCAAUAAUAAGUAGAGUAACGAGCCCUGUGAAUACAGGACAAUUUCAUAUGACGAAUAAUGUUGCACAGCAAGCAGCGGCUGGAGCACUUUCAACAUACCAAGCCAAUCCUAAUGAAGAGAAGGGAUCUGAAGAGAAAAACGAUACAUUGACUUCACCACCGGCAUCGUCACCGUUGACACAGACCAGCGCAGUGCCACUUACAGCGAGAAAGCCAAAGAAGCAGCAGCAACAGCAAUGGUCAGCACCGUUUAUAAAAUCACCGCCACCUCCAGAGACAUACGCAGAACCAGAAGGUGAUCCAUACCGUUCAGCCAGGGCUAUGCCUCGAAGGAUGGAUAACGAAGACUCAAAGGAGCCACCACCAUAUCAAUGA